AUGGCAAAAGUAUAUUAUCUUAAAUUAUUAGAAAUUAAUAUAUAUGAUACAAAAAGUCUUCAUACAUUUAAUUUCUGACACAACGACAUAUUAAUAGAAUUAUUAAAAUUUUUAUUAUUUUAACGAUGUAAGAUUUUUAAAUCAAUCCAGCAUAGGAUACAGAUUCUUAAAUCAUAAACUAAGAACUCACUAAUGCUUUGAUGAGAAUCUCAAAGGUGAUUAACAAAAAAAUUAAUAAUUCAGAUGUUCCAUUAAUAUAAAGUUCAGAGGCAUAAACUUAAGAUGAGAAUGAUGUAAUCCUUUCUUCUUAUAUUGUCAAAAAAACGAUUUAAUAUAUAGAAGCUCAAAAAUAAAAUAAACUAAAAAUUAAAAAAAUUGAUUAGAAAUAAAUACAUGGUUAGCGAUUUGUAUUAUCAAAAUUUGAUGAUAAAGUAAUUUAGAAUAUGAAUUAAGAUUAAAAAGAAGAACUUAAAAAGUAAGUAGAAGAAAAACAAUAAAAGUUAUCAAAGAAAUAGAGGUAAUUAGAUGUAAUAUAUUUAUUACUGA